AAAAACAACGUCUCACGGCACCUGAAUGGAACAACGUGAUGACAACAACGCGACAACUCAUUUGUGAAAAGCGUGGGUCCCGUUUGGGUUGGUCAACAGGAUCUGUUUGAGAAGAAGAAGAAGAAGAAGAAGAAGAAGAAGAAGAAGAAGAAGAAGAAGAAGAAGAAGAAGAAGAAGACAUCCCAGAAUCUUUGCUAACACUAAACCGGUGUCAACCCAACAACGUUGCGCGGCAGUUCCCGUUGGUCGUCUUCGAGUGAACAGCAGCUAAUGCCCGAUGUCAAGGCUGGAGGAAGGACGGAGGUAGAAGUCCUCCUAGGCAUGGAUACAGAGAGCCCACUUCUGUCUUUCAUCAAAUCAAGUCUUCCUAAAAUGAGAGACCAUGAGCCUUUGUUGCAGCGUCUGCAAGAUUUAGGAGUUGAGGACCUGGAAGACCUGAGCUACCUGCAGGAGAGUGACCCCCUUUCUGUCCUGAGACCAAUUGAAGUCAGAAAGCUUCUGUCACUGCUCAAAAAGACAAGCCAACAAGAUGUCUUGGGCAGUCCUCCGAGCAACCAACAGUUCAGCAGAGCCAGUACCAGUACAAGUCCAGUAACACAGUCUGACGAGAUGCACCUUUCUGGUGGUUACAGCUUAGAAACUACAAGUUCAUCGCAGUCAACACGUAGUUCAAGUGUGGGUAUCACACCUCGUCGAAAGUCUGAUAACAGCUGGCAUUUUAAAUUUCAAAUUCCUUGGCAGAAAAUUCCAUCUGAGAUCAUCAGAAAGCUGGAAACGGGAAACCGGCCAACAAAAAGAAACUCGACUUUGGCAGCGGAGAAUUUCAUGCUGUCUGUGGACCAGACCAUUGUGAAUGGCCACAUCAGAAUCUUCAGUGAUGCUCUUAUGCUGAUGUUUGGUUCGUACUACUGUAUGAACAUAUCUUACCCAGCAGCCCAGGCAUCAACUUUGGAGUUCUUACAGAGGUGCCUCUUCAAGAUAAAUCCAGACAAGGGAUCAAAAGUGGAGCGGAACGCCACCAAAAGAAAACUUGCAGUCAGUCCAAAGGUUCUCAUACUGAUCACCAGAAUUGCAGACUGCGAGUGGAGGGAAUAAGAAGUGCUCACAAGUUAUGUAUAAUUUGUCCAAGUUACAGACUGUUAUGGAUUAAUAUCCAGUGAGGUUUCACAUAAGCUGUUAUGUAGCUUUGCUUUCAAUGAUGUGGAUUACUUGGCCAAGUUAUGGAUGCCUUUUGGAUGUAUGAUUACUUGACCCAGGUUAUGGAAAUGUUACUGUAAAUUGGUAACAACUUUUUCUUUUCUUUUUUUUUUUUUUUUUUACCUUUUUUUUUUUUUAGAACCAGUCAUUUUAAUUUAAUUGUUUUUAUUUUUUGAAUAUUGCUGUAAUAAUGGUUACAGUUAAAUAAAAAUACAGAGAAUGGGAAAUUAUGGCUAUUGUUGUUCAGCUUAGUCUCAUUCAAGCACAACAGUUCAUUUAAGCCCCUUUUCCCACUAGCCAAAAACCGGUUUAAACCAUUUAAAAUUUAAAUAAUUCUGGUGUUAUUAGGUGAUUAUAAUUUUAGUUGAAAGUCUGUUAAAUAUUCAGGAAAUCAAUGUAAAAGAAAACAAAAAAUUAAAUUUACACCUAAGUUUUGAAAGAUUAAUAAAAAUAUUGUUGUAUACUGUUACUUUACAUCUAAUAUAAAGUAAUAUACAGCUUUUUUACAUAAAACAAUGCCAUUAAAGCCAACUAAUAGCACAUUUCUGUAAAUGUAAGCAUUAUUAUUCAUAUUAUAAUGUUAGUUUACCAUCUUUAUGGGUAAUUUCAUUGUUUUAAAACAUAAUGUUUAAGUAAAUGUUAAAAACAAAUAUAACUAAAUAUGCAUUUGAUGUGAUCUAAAAAUAAUGGUAAAUUAUUGCAAUUGUAAACCCAAGAUCACGUUUUUCAACAUUUUUUUAACAUGUUUUGAAAGAUGAAUCACAUUAUUUUGUGUCCAUAUACUGUUAUAUUACAUCAAAUAUAAAUUAUUAUACAACCUUUUUCCAUUAAAAAAACAGCUAGGAACAGAACAUUUCUGUGAAUUUAAGCAGUAUUAUUCGUAAGACAA